CGAAUCACUUUAAAACGGCUGUUUUAACAUACUAGUUCACACGAGUUAAACCAGAAUUUCAAAGGUUGCGUCACAUUCAAACACCGUGUGGAGGGCAUCGUCACAACUGUUCUGACAAUACCAGCACUCUGGAGACUGCAACUUUCUGAAGCUAUACAAAUAUUCACCGAAGCAUCUAUGUCCACUUAUGGCUUGGGUGAGGUGGAAGUUUGUCUGACCAUGUUCCUGUUCAACCAUUCUUUCAGAUAAAAAUGAGAUUUUUUUGUAUUUUAAUAUCAAUCGUCGUGGUAAAUGUUUUAGCAGAUGAUAAAAUAAUUGAAUAUAAAAGGGAGCUUGUCUACACAAAUAGACAAAUCAAGCGUGUAUCAGAUCCUAAUGUGCGUUUGCAAAAAGUAAUUAGACAAUUUGUUCGUGGAGAUACACCGAUGGUGAAACUGUCGUAUAUGUUUGCUGCACCGGCAAAAGCAAUAGUACCAUUCCUAGGAAAUGAAAGUAAUGAACACCACGCAAAAAUACUGCAGGAAUGCAUAAAUUCCCAAAAUGAAUUGCAAAAAGAAAUAAACAACACCUUAGGUGUCUCUGUGCUUGAAAAAGUUCUAGGAUAUAGUACAUUGAGAAAUGUGGCUUGUGGAUGCAAAUCGAUGGAUUUUGACGAGUAUGGGUUUGUAGAACUUGGAGCGGAGAGAACAAACCUAACUCGAGAUGCUGUAAGUCUAUUGAUAAAUGUUGUAUCGGAACCAAGCCAUGAAGAUCACGGAAAUCGUUACCUCAUGUGUCGUUUGAAGGGCGUUUACAGAAGUAUAGUACACCCAGAUGUAUUUGUAACACUAGCUAAAGUUGACGGUGAAGAAUGUCGUCUAACUGGUAUAGACAAAAAUGAACACGCAGUCAAUUUCAUUGGAUCAUCAUUAAUAUAGUGAAAAGUUUUUCACUAGCUUCUCAGUUUUUAUAAUUUAGACCAUGUAUUUUAGACAUUAACUCAUUAAAAAUUAUACAGUACUUUUGUUAUUAUAUUUAAAUAAUUAUUCCAAACCACAUUUGUACCCUGAUUAUCAAAUUCAAUGUAUCUUAUU